GCGUGUGUAUAUUACGGCGGCCUUCGUCCGUCGGUGCGUAGAUAUCGUCUUCUUCUCUCUGCAACAUGGCGAAGGACCUCAUCGCGAGCUUCGGGGAGAUGCUGAUCGACUUCGUGCCGACCGUCUCGGGCGUGUCGCUGGCGGAGGCGCCGGGCUUUAUUAAGGCGCCCGGCGGCGCCCCGGCCAACGUGGCCAUCGCUGUGGCUAGGCUCGGCGGGCGAGCCGCCUUCGUUGGGAAGCUCGGCGAUGAUGAGUUCGGGCGCAUGCUGGCGGGCAUCCUGCGGGACAACGGAGUCGACGACGGUGGCGUCCUGUUCGACACCGGGGCGCGCACCGCGCUCGCCUUUGUCACCCUCAGGGCCGACGGCGAGCGCGAAUUCAUGUUCUACCGCAACCCCAGCGCCGACAUGCUACUCACCGAGGCCGAGCUCAACCUCGACGUGAUCAAAAGCGCUGCUGUCUUCCACUACGGAUCCAUAAGCCUGAUAACAGAGCCAUGCCGUUCGGCGCACCUGAAAGCCAUGGAGGUGGCCAGACAAGCAGGAGCGCUGCUCUCCUACGACCCGAACCUGCGCUUGCCGCUGUGGCCCUCGCCGGAGUCGGCGCGGGAGCAGAUCAUGAGCAUCUGGGACCAAGCCGACAUCAUCAAGGUCAGCGACGUCGAGCUCGAGUUCCUAACCGGGCAGGAGUCGGUGGAAGACGACGUCGUGUUGACCCUCUGGAGACCGGAGUUCAAGCUGCUGCUGGUGACGCUCGGGGAGAAGGGAUGCAAAUACUACACAAAGGACUUCAGAGGUAGCCUCGAUGGGUUUGCCGUCAACACGGUGGACACGACCGGAGCAGGAGACGCGUUCGUGGGCGCCAUGCUCAGGAAGAUCGUGGACGACCAAACCGUAUUGCAGGAAGAAGAGAAGCUGAGAGAAGUUCUAAGGUUUGCCAAUGCCUGUGGAGCCAUCACCACCACCAAGAAAGGAGCGAUUCCUGCUUUGCCAAAUGAGGCUGAGGCAGUGGAGCUUCUGAAGAGGGAUUAGAGAGUGUCAGCCUCUCUGAGUUCAAUGCAUUUAGUUUGGAGUUUGAAGAUGCCAUUAAGGAGUUCUGCUCAUUGUCAUUCCAUCUCAUUUCAAUACUCGGGCAGGAAUCACUGAAUUGUUCAGACCAAUAUAAUAAAACCUGAUUCAGAUCA